AUGAAUAAUGUACGAACGACAGCCCAUCCCAUUGAAGAUUCAAUGGCCAAAAAUUUGACGGAAGAAAAAAGGUUACCAUUUGGCUUUGAAUUUUACGGGAACCGGGAGGAUGGGAAGCGGCAGCUGCGCCAGACCCGGGAAGACGGGAAGCGGCAGCUGCGCCGGAACCAGGGGGACGGGAGGCAGCAGCUGCGCCGAGCCCCAUUGAAAACGAAACCAACCACGGGGGGCCCAGCCGGCCGAACCCGCAGGCACACCCAGCGUGAGCCAAACCCUCGCCUCUCCGACUCCACUGUGGCCCUACCCCUGCGGGAAAUAGGACCCCCCAAUGAAACAGGCAACCCCCGACUCCAGUAUUGGCCCUUUUCCACUAGUGACCUUUACAACUGGAAAACGCAGAAUGCUCGAUUCUCUGAUAACCCUAAAGAUCUAAUAGCUCUUUUAGACAGUGUCAUGUUCACCCACCAGCCCACCUGGGAUGACUGUCAGCAGCUCCUCUGCAUCCUCUUCACCACAGAGGAGCGAGAGAGGAUCCAAUUAGAAGCAAGAAAGCUGGUUCCCGGAGACGACGCCUUGCAGAGGGUCCAUGAAGAUGUAUGGCCCAAAUUAAAGGAACUCUAUGAGACUGGACCCCCGCCUAUUCCACAUGAAUUCCGGCCAGGGGAUUGGGUCCUCGUCAAACGUCAUCAGCAGGGAACUCUAGAGCCCAGGUGGAAAGGACCCUUCCAGGUCAUCCUGACAACGCCUACUGCCAUCAAAAUAGACAGAAUCGCCACCUGGAUCCAUUUCGCCCACGUCAAACUAGUGGACCCGUUCUCAGACCUCAUCGGACCUUCAAAGACAACCUGGAUUGUUGAUCAGACUAAGGACAAUCCUUUAAAAUUGACCCUAUGCCACCAACGGACUGAGCUGUAA